AUGAUGAAGGACUUAAUGUCCCAAAAUUUUGAUUUCCAAGACUUGGCCACGGUGACUCUUACUCAGACCUGCAGUGCAGUGGUGACUAGACUAAUCGCGGAGAAGCUAUCUGACCCAGGGAGCUUUACAAUUCCCUGUACUAUUGGUAAUUUUGCUUUCGCUAAGGCACUUUGUGAUCUAGGGGCCAGCUUAAAUCUUAUGCCCCUAGAGAUUUAUAAGAGGCUGGGGAUUGGAAGAGUUAGGCCCACAUCUAUGUUGUUGCAGCUAGCUGACAGGACUAUAAAGAGACCCUCUGGUAUCCUGGAUGAUGUGUUGAUUCAGGUGGGGAAAUUUUUGUUCUCUACAAAUUUUGUGAUCUUAGACUGCAAGGUGGAUGAAGAAAUUCCCAUAAUUUUGGGAAGACCAUUCUUGGUCACUGGGAGAGCUCUUAUUGAUUGUGAGAAUGGGGAGCUCAAGAUGAGACUGAACGACGAAGAGAUAACAUUCAAUGGUAGCAUUCGAGGAGCUGAACAAGAGGCUGGUCACAACACCAAUCAUUAUUGCCCCCGACUGGGAGUAGCCAUUUGA